AUGUCAGUCAUCCUGUCUCUCAGUCCGGUUCCUGGUCGUGUCACUCGCCGACGUGCUCGUGAACUCGGCAUCUCGCUCCCGUCCUUGUUCGACCGCUCUAGCAUCGACAACGACCAUCACCCUUCCCCGCUCACUCCUCUUGUUGAGGAAGACGAGCCUCUUGCACUUCCCGUUUCCACCGACCUGUCCUUCUCUAGCGAUUCCUCCUCUGACGACUAUCCUCCCCCUCCUCUCUCGAUUCCUUCCAUCAUGGCCAAAGCUUCCGUCGUACAGGCCGCUCCCACCAAACCUCCUGUCCUUACGGCUGGCGAUCUCACGCCCGAGACUGUGCAGGAUCUCGAGGACGCUCUCGAUCGCUUCUACCAUAUGAAGGAUGUCGCUGAUGCCAGACACAUCUCCUACGCCAUGUACGCUUUCCAAGAUCGUCAGGUUUCGGACUGGAUCACUACCAAUCGCGUCACUCUCAAAGAACUCUCUGUCGUGGAUUUUUUCACGAAGCUCAGGGACCGUUGGCUGGAACCCAACUGGGUCAUGAAGAUUACUCGUCGUAUUGGGAAGUCCUUCCAAGAAAAUCGUCCGUUCCGAGAGUGGGCUAAUCACAUCUGCCGCACUAACGCUCUCAUCUCUGGACGAGAAGGACAUCUCAGUAAUGGUUCUAUUCGUGCAGCUCUCGCAGCGCGCAUGAACGAACAACUCCAAGCUCCUGUAGAUCGACUCAACAUCAGCGAAGAGAUGGCUCUCGAAGGCUCGCUAUUUUACGUUUGA